AAGAUAAGGACAUAUUGAGGCAUUCGAAAAAAGAAAAAAAGAGGGAAAUAAAGUGCCACAAGUGCAGCCAGAAGGUGGCAAAUAAUACACACCAUUUAGCAGCCAAGAAGGCAAUGACAGUGAUUUGUUUUACGUGAGAUUCUCUCUUGACCAUCAUAAUGAAUCUGAGACCUGCUGGUAUGUCCGAUGAUGAGGACGACGAAGAUGAUUUUUACUUUUCGGAUACGUCGGUUAAAUCGCAUAGUUAUCCCUCAAAAGCAGAUUUUCUAGAAAAAGAGGUUUAUGAUUACAACCAUAUGCAAGAUGAUGAAAGACGAAUCUUCGAAUCUCGCGUCAUGAAUGCAUGUAUAAAGGGACAAUUGGAUGUGAUAGAAGAAUAUCUUGAAAAAUAUGAUAUUAAUCAAUUUAUACAUACUGGAUGGUCUUUAUUAUUAUAUGCGACUUCAUCAGUGCAAUUGGAGGUAAUAGAAUAUCUAUUGGCGCAUGGUGCAAAUCCUAAUAUGCACAAAGAUGGAUUUACACCUCUCAUGGCAUUAUGUAGUUCCACAAAAAAACUGCCUGAAAUAUCUUUAAAGUGCCUUACACUUUUAAUAGAGGCAAAAGCUGAUGUAAAUGCUACAAGUAAAAUGAGGGAAACACCUCUAAUGUAUGCAUGUAAGUCGCAAAAUGUGGAAUUUGUUGCUGAGCUUCUAAAACACGUGAAACAUAUCAAUGCUUGUGAUAGUGAUGGGAGAACGGCUUUAAGUUACGCUGUCAUAUGCAAUAAGAUUGAUAUAGUAGUGAUUCUUUUGGAGCAUAAUGCGGAUACUACAGUGAUAGACACAUAUAAUUUAACUGUCAAGGAUAUCGCCGAUGCAAAAGACUUUACAGAGAUAUCUGCUCUGUUGACUAACGAGAAAGAAGAGAAAAAGGUUUACUGCGAAUUAUCCCAGAUAAUAACUUGGAAAGAUUUAUUUCCAGAAUUAUAUCCUAGAAAUAAGGAACUCCUGGAUCACAAUAUAUCAAUUAUUCUAUACGGGAUGGAUUUGGAAAGAUACAACAUCUUGUUCCGAGGGAUGAGUCUUAAAACCUUUUUACAAUUGACGGAAGAUGACCUUUGCCAACUAGGAAUCGAUAUUACUGUUUACAGAGAACAGUUUUUAGAAAAUCUUCAUAAAUUUCAUUGUAAAAAGUGGAGAGCGGAUAGCGUCGGAAUUGUUAAGAAAAAUGUCCCAUAUACAAUUUACGAUGCUGCAAUGUCAUUGGCAAACAUAAAACUUCAGAUUGGUGUGAUAACUUCUAGUUUUCAAUAUGUCAAAAAUUUGAUGAAAGAUGUCAGUCUCGAUCCCGCGGAAAGAGCGAAGUACGAAGAAGAAAUAAGAAAAACACAAGACACUCUGAAAAUAUUAAAAAAUGAAAUAAUUGGUUAUAGGAAGUUGACACGGGAGAUUGAUAGGAAAAAUAGUAUCGGUCUACCAGCAAUUUUUCUGACCAGUCCCGAGAAACGUAAAAACAGAACCAGUUGGGUUUUACCGUUAAGCGUUACAUUGAUAAUAGGAUUAUAUAUAUAUAAAAAAAUCUAUAUUCACAGAUUAUAAAACAUGAACGUAGCAAUGUAAUUUUUGGAUCUGAUAUUUUCUUUUUGGUAUGUUUAGCAUACUCUUGUGAAUCUAAUUACGUUUUUUCAUCAUAGUGUAUUAAGUUAUACCUCAGUUCCUACAUACGAUAUUUGUACAAACUCCAGAGAAUAUUUUUAUACGAAGGGAAAUGUACAAUUGCAUAAUAUCAUGGCUUUAAUUAAC